AUGCGCAGGUACAGAGAAGCAGCAAAAGAUAAGGAUUUCCGUCUGAAGCUGGAAAUCUAUGCAAUGGCCGGUCUUCCGACUGAUGAGGAGUCAAUAUAUUGUAAUUUGGUGUCAGAUUAUCCGUCUACUGAGAAAACUCGUAGUAUGAUUCAUUUAGAAAGCCUUGAGCCAUCUCAGAACAUCAAUCGGAGAGCUCAAAUUUCCGAUGAUGCACAUGAAACAUUUAGCGUGCUGUCAUAUAACAUUCAUUCUCGUUUGCCUGUCAUGGGCAACAACUCGAGUACAACGUACAAAAACUGUAAGGCAUUGCCCAUUAACUGGGCUUACCGCCUACUAAAUUUGCUCCCUGAGAUCACGAAUUAUAACGCAGAUAUCAUUUGUCCUCAAGAGUUGCAAAUAUAUGAUUCGGAGAACUUCUUUGAACCCAGGCUGACAGCACGCGGUUACUCAGUUUCAGUUACGUGCAAGAAUGAGACCAGUAACGGGGGAGACAUAGAUGACUUUCAAAUGUUUGACAUUGGGGGAGGCAAGUCGUCAGUCAUUGAGGCUCCGGAAUCUGAACAAAAACUUGACAAUGGUGCCAUUCGACCAGCGAAGUUUGACAUUGGAGGAAGCAAGUCGUCAGUCAUUGAGGCUCCAGAAUCUGAACAAAAACCUGACAAUGGUGCCAUUCGACCAGCGAAGGGCAAUCUUGCACUCAUUAUGAAACUAGAAGUUCUAAGAGAUGCUGGCACUAGUACUCAAGGAGCCUACCAGCUAUGCGUGGUACUGCAUUUUAUAUUCCCAGCAAUUUAUCCAGUAUUUGUGAAUGAAUAA